GUAACAGUCACGCAGCCGACCAAUCGCUGCCCAUGUCCUUCCGUGACGUCAUCAAGGGCUCUGGGUAUAUAAGGGGACGGCCCUCGGUUCUUCGGCACAGCAAAGUCAGCCUCAAGAACUCUCACAUCUUCCCUGCACCAUGGCGCUCACAGUGUCAAUCCUUCUAGCCAGCGUCGUGGCGGCGGCCCUGGGCUCCCACCCGCCAGCCUACGGCCACCCCCACCCCCCCGCCUACGGCCACCACGCCCCCGCCUACGCCCACUCCUACUGCGAUCCCACCGCCGCCCCUGCCUGCGCCGCCAACUCCACGCUUUCCUACUGCCUCGAGGACCCCGAGUACCCUGAGUACGAGAUCAAGGGCGCCAUCAGCGCCGACCACAUCUUCGCCAAGAAGUACGCCGACGUGGCCGACCAGUCCGCCGACGACCUGGUGGAGACGGUGGCCAAGAAGCAGGAGGAGGCCUUCGACUACUCCUACUACACCGGCGCCUCCACCGGCGCCUCCCCCUACGACGUGACCCACUGGGCCGGCCCCGAGGGCUACAUCUGCCCCUCCGACGUGGCCUACGCCAGGCCCCGUCGCGCCCUCAACGUGGAGGGCAAGUGGCGCGUCAUCGUCAACGACGUGCACUACUACACGCAGACGGCGCGCCUGGAGACCUGCCUGUUCCCCGAGGCCGCCUGCCGCGCCCUGGCGCCCUGCUACAAGAGCCACUGCACGCAGAAGUACGUCUACCACCGCCUCCUCUCCUUCGACCCCUGCGACCCCUACAAGGGCCUCUUCAUCGACAUCUACAAGCUGCCCUCCGCCUGCUCCUGCCACAUCCCCGCCUAAAGAAAACCCUUUGCAAUGUCCCUCCCAACACCACCCGCCCCGCCCCGCCCCGCCCCGCCCCGCCCACCUGCUGCCGCGUCAGGCUAGAAGAUUGACACUGUCUGCUCCUCUUUCCUGCCACCUGGACCCCGGGGUCGCCGCCUCCUGUAGGGGCGCCCCGCGGACUCGCGUGAGAAGCUCCCAAGAGACCUAGAGAACUGCUUUCUUUACGUACCGCCAACACCACCACCGCCAGUCACAGGAGCCACUUGGGAAUUUCUUCACCUUUUCAAGUCCGAACUCAAAAUUACGCACCUUUGUCUUUCUCUUCUUCUGUCAAGCAACUUUUCUUCUUUAUAACAACAUGUGAUUGCGAGAUGCUGAGAGUUCUUGUCAUUAUUUUAUAUUAAACAAAAAAAAUCCACAAA